AUGUUUGUUUGUCUACAUAAUCAACAACGAAGUAAAGUCCUAUGCAGCAGGGGCUUUUUUGACUUAUUUUUCAAGUGCACUUCAAUGAGUUGGCAUCAGCCUGGUCUUGAUGUCAGUGCGGCUCCUUUACAUCAACUUACACCUCAUGGUCUAUUAUCAAAUGAAUAUCUUUCUGGGUUUGAUCAGAGUUCUGGUGGUAUGGAUUCGGAAAAUGCACUCUUGACGGAGCAGCGUGCACAGUUGACAGGAAGAGAACUUCAACAACUUCUUAGUGUUGCUCAUCAAAGUUUAGAUGAAGCUCAGGAAAGAAAACAGUCAUUAAAUAGUCAUAGAUUAAAGCCUGCUCUAUACAGUGUGUUCUGUGAAAUCAAGGAAAAAACAGCUCUAAGUUUGAGAAACUCAGCUGUUUCUGCUGUAGAAGAUGAAGCUAAUUCACCAGAUCCUCAGCUUUUACGCUUGGAUAAAAUGUUAGUUGCUGAAGGUGUAACAGGACCUGGCGGUAGUCUGAAUAAUGAUCUAAGUGACGGUCCUGGAGACUUGGGUGGGGGACCCGGCGAUUGCAAUCAAAUUGAACAUGCUGAUUAUCGCGCCAAAUUGUCUCAGAUUCGCCAGAUAUAUCAUGCAGAAUUGGAGAAAUAUAAAAAUGCGUGUGACGAAUUCACAGGACAUGUUAUAAAUUUAUUGCGUGAACAGAGUCGUAGUCGACCUAUAAGCCCAGCAGAAAUUGAACUUAUGGUUGGUAUAAUUCGAAGGAAGUUUCGAGCAAUUGAAACACAGCUGAAACAAAGUACUUGUGAAGCAGUUAUGAUAUUGCGAUCGCGAUUUUUGGACGCUAGACGCAAACGUCGAAAUUUCAGUAAAGAAGCUACUGAAGUACUGAAUGAAUAUUUCUACUCUCAUUUGGCUAAUCCAUAUCCUUCAGAAGAAGCGAAAGAAGAAUUAGCCAAAAAAUGUGGGAUAACUGUUUCACAAGUCUCUAAUUGGUUUGGAAACAAACGUAUUCGGUACAAGAAGAACAUUGUAAAGGCUCAAGAGGAAGCAAAUAUGUAUGCUGCGGCAACAGCCGCGGCAGCAGCAGCUGCUGGAUCUGUGGCAUCUGGAACUGGUGGUCCAACAUCAUCUGAUGAACAUUCUGUUGGAUAUGGUCAUCCCGGUUAUGAAUACGAUGAUUCUAUGAGCCUUCAAAGACCUGUCCCUCAAAUGUCCUGUCCACCUGAUCAUGACACUUGGAUGGGUGGGGGAGGAGCUGGAGUUCUCGGACCGGGUAGUUUAGAUGAACCUGACUGCAAACGCAGUAAACUUUGAGUACCUCUAUCCAUAUGAGACGAGCUGUUCAAAUAACUUCAUUCACUACAUUUUACAGCUGACGAAUUCGCCUUGAAGUAGCUUAUUUGAUAAGUAUAUAUAUAUAUAUAUAUAUAUAUAUAUAUAUAUAUAUAUAUAUAUAUAUAUAUAUAUAUAUAUAUAUAUGCAUUCUCUUCAUCUGUUGGUUUAUGUUCCAUAUUUCGUUAGUUCUAUAUUCCUUUAAAACAUGUAUUUUGUAGAGGAAAUAAUACCGGGGUUUACGCAGUAAUCCCAUGCAAUAUAUACAAGUGACUAUGUGUAUUGUUAUAGGCUGAAUUGUCUCGGCUUUUUCUUACCUUUUGUUCUAUUCUUUUUUCCCCGUAUUUUAUUCUUUAGUAUAUUUAUUUAUUAAUGUUCGUAAGUUCUCAAUGGUUAAGGCCUGUAUCGUUUUCGUGGUCCUGUCUUUAUAAUACAAAUAUCAUGUUAAUUGUAUUCCCUUUUUCUCUAUGAUGAUCAAAAUGAGUUCGAUUUUUUUGGACAUUUCACUUGAAACAUUAAAGCCCUAAUAAUACUAUCUUAAUUGAUGUUGUCUCUGUUGUCGUUUUUUCGUCACUUAUCUUUUACCCUCUGGAGGGGAUGUGAAAGUGCAUCGACUUCCCAUUUAUACUUUCGUAUUACUUAUCUUUUAUGUCUUGUGUUUUUAUUCUCUUAUGGUUUAAACGGUUAAUUUCUUGUCUUGAGAAUUUCGCUUCAUUUAUUUGCUAACUAUUCUCUCCUAUACACUUACAUUCUUUUAUACUACUUUUUUUUUCAUUCUGUAAGAUGUGGGUGUGUAUCUUUUAGGACUGUGUCGUAAGACGAUUUUUUCUCUUUCAAUUUAUUUCAUUUCAAUAAAACAAAUCGUAUUACUUUCUCA